UAAAAGUUUUGCUUACUGCGAAUUACCUCAAAAUUUAAUCAGUCGAUUGAAUAGUCAUGAAUGAAUAAUUAAAUAAAUGAAUUACAGCUUAUUGCUUUAUUAACUUUACUACAGUAUAUUUCAUUAUUUUUCAUUAAAUUACAGUUAUGGGCACACGAAAAAAGAUUUUUGACUCUAAUCCCAUGUAUGAAAGGGUCCUGUUCGUGACGGCCAGUUACGACCACCAGAUAAAAUUUUGGCAGGCUCAAAGUGGGAACUGCUAUCGAACAAUACAACAUGUAGAUUCGCAAGUGAAUGACUUAGAAAUAUCUCCUGACAGAAAAUUUUUAGCUGUUGCCGCCUACCAACGCAUUCGACUGUACGACCUUCUCGGCAGUAAUCCCAAUCCCAUAGCAAACUACGAGGGAAUGUCAAAGAAUGUGACGACUGUUGGAUUCCAGAGUGAAUGUAAAUGGAUGUUCAGUGCUGGUGAGGAUGGUGUUGUCCGGAUUUGGGAUACAAGAGCUCGAAACACAAAUUGUCAAAAACAGUACUCAGUUGGAUCUUCUGCCAACACAGUGUGCUUUCACCCUAACCAGAGAGAGUUCUUCAUUGGUGAUCAGAAUGGAAACAUCCACAUCUGGGAUAUCAAGAAUGAUAAAAAGACACAACUGCAACAUGACAGAGGUGCAUCCGUACAGUGCAUAAGCAUCAACUGUGAUGGUACAUAUCUAGCUGCCGUCAACGGCAAGGGUUAUUGCCACCGAUGGCAAAUAACGAAAUCUUCGUUGGAUGGUGAUGGGUCUAAAUUAGAAUUCAAAUCUAAAUUCUUAGCGCACCAGAGAUACGCAAUCAAGUGCCAAUUCAGUCCCGACGAAACAUUGCUUGCGACGACGUCAGCUGACGGUACGACGAGGUUAUGGAGCACCUUGGGGAAUAUCAAGACCUUGGAGCUGGGCAACAAGCAACAGAGAUGGGUUUGGGAUUGUGCGUUCAGUGACGAUUCACAGUUCAUUUUCACUGCUUCCUCAGACGGCCUGGCCAGAUUAUGGAACACCGUCAGUGGUGAUGUGAUUCGUGAGUUCACUGGACAUUCCAAGGCCAUAACUUGCUUGGCUUUCAAAGACUGUGUGGCUGUAGAUUAAGAGUGGAAUUUUGUUAUUACGAUACGUUGUAAUUUAACACUACAUGAUUUUUAGAAAAGAUUGAAGCAAUGCUGUUCGUUUUCAUUGUAGGUAUGAAAAGUCAGGUGUGACGAACAAUCUCCAUUGCGCCAUUGCGAAAGUUACGAUGAUGCACAUACACUUAUACGAAUGUAUAGAAUGAUGUUAAACCAUAUAAUUAGAAUAAAUAUAACGGCCUUCGAUCAUUUUUGACGGUCGAACAAGGAG